AUGUACCGCAUCCGAGGCAAGCCGAGCAUCUGCAGAUACCCACGCUGCGAGGCGAGCCGACUCCACCAGCACCAGCAAGGAGAGGAAACUCAACGACAUGGGUUGGACGUGCCAGUGUUCGGGGACCAAGCCGAAACCACACUGGUCGGCGGUUACCGACUGCAUAUCCUGCGACUGCGCCGCGCAGUCAAGCAGCAGGAAUGUAGCGCUCAGGAGGCAUCAGGUGCUAGAGUGCAUGCUUCGAGGGCUGGCGUGGAGUACAGCGGAUGUUCCGCCGGGAAUGAUCUUCCCUUGAACGAGAUCGACGUCUUCACAGCGUUUGUGCACUGGAUCUAUACUGGCCUUCUACCCGAGCCAGACGAAGAUGCAGCCAUCGCGACCUCAACGGGCCCAACAUAUCAAGGAGUCUCCGCAGCUAUGAAACUGACCGAGCGACUGCGUGUCAGAGUAUUAGCUCAAGAGGCCAUAUGUGGUGGAGUCAUGCCUCCGAGACUCAGCGAAAUGAAGGCUCUCCGUGGCUUCGAAAACGACCGAGAGAACGAGUCUCAGUGUGGAACGUUUAAGACACAUUGCAUGGCAGAGUGGGUUCUCCGAGUCCAAAGAGAUUUGCGGGUGGGCUACGAUAGGCAGGGUGCGGAUGUACGAGCCGAAGAUGAUCCAGUGCGGAUGACCGAUCUGACCAAGAGGGACAGUGCUCGUGCCUACAUCAACUUACUGGAGCGUAUAUGGCUGUAUGCUUGGACGAACUUCUUGGGAGUCAGAGGCCGACUAAGAGGAUGA